GUACAACGCUUAAAAUAAUAAAACACUUGAACUAUAGAUUGACUAAACAUUGUUUUGUGUCUGAUGAAUACCGAGACAGUGUGAUAGACAUAGCGAUCAGUUUCAGUGCCGGACAUACGGUGAUAGAGCGGUGUAGCAAACGAUUUCAAUAAAAAUGGACAAAUGGGUAGGAAAAGUCGCUAUAGUUACGGGUGCGUCGUCUGGGAUUGGAGCAGCUACGUGUAAGCAACUGGUUGACAGUGGGAUGAUCGUCAUCGGAUUUGCCAGAAGAGAAAACAGACUAGAAGAAUUACGAGAAACGCUGACUGGAAAAUUGGGCCAAUUUCAUUACUACAGAGUCGAUUUGUGUUCGGAACAAAAUAUCCGAGAAGCUUUUGCGUGGGUAAAAGUCACAUUUAAAUCAGUCGACGUAUUAGUAAACAACGCUGGAGUUUGGAAAAAUAGUGACGUUUUAGGAAACCCACAAGACUGGAAACUGAUGUUCGACACUAACGUAUUAGGACCGAGCAUUUGUAGUAAAGAAGCCGUGAAAGUCAUGAAGGAGUUGAAAACCAACGGUCAUAUAAUAAAUAUAAACAGUGAUAUGGGCCAUUAUUCACCUACGUUAAUGGCCAAUAUGUCUGUCUACAGUGCGACAAAGUUUAGUAGCGUUUCAAUAACUGAAAGUUUACGAGAACUGCUAGCCUUACAAAUGUUACCAAUCAGAGUCACUAGUAUCAGUCCGGGAUUAGUGGAUACUGAAAUGGCUGAUGAUAUGACCGAUGUACCAAUACUGAAACCCUCAAAUAUAGCUGAUGCAAUUGUAUAUGUUUUGGCCACACCACAAUAUGUUAAUAUUUCUGAAAUUCUUAUUCGACCAACAAGUGAGACAAUGUUACCAUUUAUUAAGGAUGCGUUUAAAGAAUUAAAUAUUAAUUUGUAAUUGUAUACGUUAUUUUAUUCGCUUAUUAAUAUCUUUAAUGUACUAUGUACUUACACGAAUUUACUUAACGUAUUUUAAUAUACAACGUAUUUGGUGUAUUUUUAUAAUUUUGGAAAAGUGUG